AGACUACUUGUACUUGUUAAAAGAAAGAAGUGACAAGUGAAAACUAUAAUCUGCAUCGGCUAGGCUAGACAUUUAUUGACGUUGACGAUAUCUUUAUCUUGUGGCGUCCUGUGCAUUCCUUUGUUUUUAUAUUAAAAAAAAAAAUCAAAUAUUAAACUUUCGUUAUCUGUAUAUUACCAACGUGUCAUACUUGAUAUCGUAAUAAAAUCUAUUCAAAUCGUACUCAAUAAUAUAACAAAAAAUGGCGGAAGAAACAUCAGCAUCUGAUGCCAACAUAUUUGUAUAUUUGGAUAUUUCUUUUAGUGACGUUAAAGCUGGUAGAAUUAUCAUAGAGCUCUUCAAAAAUGAAGCUCCCAAGACAGUGGAAAAUUUUAGAGCCCUUUGUACCGGAGAAAAAGGUAUAGGCAAGAAUAACAAGCCUUUACACUACAAGGGAUCCAAAUUUCACCGUGUUAUUCCACAGUGCUUUGCUCAGGGGGGCGAUAUUACUCAAAAUGAUGGUAAUGGUGGGGAGAGUAUAUAUCAGGAUGGCUUUUUUGAAGUCGAGAAUAACAAGAGAGUUCAUGAUCAAGAAGGAUUAGUAGGGAUGGCUACUGUACCUAAUACAAACAUCGUAAACUCCCAGUUUUAUAUAACUGUUGUACCAUGUGAGCAAUUGGAUGGUACCAAUAUCGUAUUUGGAAGAGUCAGAAAGGGUCUUGACAUAGUGAAAGAAAUGUCAACUAUACCGGCCAAUUGUGACUGUCCUUUAGAGGAUAUAGUUAUAGAGGAAUGUGGAGAGUUGAAAAGUGGCCAACCCUGGAAUAUCCACGUAUUAGAUGGAACUAACGAUGUUUAUCCGCCCUGGCCUAAUGAUUGGGAGGAGGGAACAGACUCUCAGUCGAUAGAAAAAGCUAUAGACAUAAUAAGGGAGUCUGGUAAUUUCUUCUUUUCGAGAAAGAAAUAUCCCGACUCCCAAAUGAAAUAUAUCAAAGUUUUGAGAUACAUCGAUUGGUAUUUGAAGUCUGGCAAAGAACCUAACAAAUCUUUCAUUGAAAGCAACAAAUUCAGGACUUUGCUGAAUCUGGCAGCGGUAAAAUUAAAAAGAAAAAGUUACAAGGAUGCCUUGAAUUACUGCAACGAGUGCGAGUGCAUCGAUCCGACUAAUGGAAAGGUGUACUAUAGAAGAGCACAGGCCAGAUUGGGGCUAAGGGACAUAGACGAAUCCUUGCAAGAUUUGAGAAAGGCAAUGUCCCUAAUGCCAAAAAAUAAAUCCAUAGAAGACUUUUACAAAGUGGCCAAAGCAGAUAAGCUGAACCAUUUGAAAAAGGAAAGAGACUUUUUCAAAAAGGUGUUCAAGUAAUAGCGGAUAGUGUAUAUAAUGAUAUUUUGGCAAGGCUAUCUCCAUAGCAGCAAGUGAUGACUGAUGUCGAAGCUUGGGUUUAUGUCCCAAGUUUUCUUCCGUAAAUUACGCCAUCUAUCGGGUUAGCAAAGAGCCACCACAAUAUAAAUAUUGUACAUAAAAUAAAUAAUGUACAUAAUUGUAAAUAGUGUAUAUAAUGAUAUAAAUAUUGUAUGAUUAAAAACAAAUAUUUUUUAUAACAUGAAUAUAGUACAUAACUUUCUUAUAGCAUAUACAUUCGUUUAUUAAAUUAUUUUUGUUAUUGUGUA